GUGACCUCCACAACCGCGGUGGCGCCGGUGGGCUCCCCGAAGGCCCGUGCGCAGCUGACCUUCAACGCGCAGUGGAGCCCGCCCGGGUCGCCGCUGCACAACCCCUACGUGGCCAAGUACAAUUGUCCGGAGUCCGAACUCGGGAUCGACGCCACGCUCGUUAUAUCCUGUGCAAAAGUAUCGUACUCGUAGUAAUUGCAUUUAUGCAAUACAGAUCUCGUUCUCAAGGUAAAACAGCAUUACAAAUUCCAUUUCCAAUGCUGGGCUAAUUUGUAAUGCAAUUCAUACUAGAACUAGUACGUUACUUUUGCAAUGCAUACGUUAUGAACAGCAACCGGAACGGCAGCUCGCCGUCCAAAACGAAAAUUUUGGAGCAGGUCGCCAACGGGAUUCCGAAGGAAAACGAGCCGGAUAUGGUGUUUUCAACUGUUACAUUCUCAACUGUUACAUGGAUUUGUGAUGCAAGAACAGCAAAAGUGAACGCGGGAAGAUUGCGCGCUUCGCAUUACAAAUUUGAAGCAGAUUCAGUUGGUGUUUAGCCCUUCGAGAAUUUGUCAUGCGAAGCACCUUGAUCGUGUGGCGGCUUAUGGUCGUUUUGCAUGACAAAUCAUGUAACAGAUGAGAAUGUAACGUCUGAGAAUCCGAUACCGGAGCGGCUCGCGAAGCGGAUCCGGCAGACGCUGACGACGCACGCGAGCUUCACAAACAGCGGGAAAUUGACCAAGCCCGGCUCGGCAAACAGCACCGGCGGGGGCUUUCGGCCCAAGAACGGCGGUAAUUAUACGGGAAUGGAAAGAAGGGGAACGCAGAAGGACAAUAUGCCCAAUACGCCGAUCGGAAAAGUGAAAAGCAACAAAUCUUCCUCCACGCCGAGUGGCGGCUCGGGGAACAAGAAAAGCGGGUUUGGAGUGACGCGUACAGAGUUUUUGAGAAAAGUUAAAGUUUCUUCGGUGCAAAUUUUUGAAUAGUACCAUCCAUGCCGCGCCCCACAACGGAUAUAUAGAAGUGCCAGACUGUAUAUCGUUCUGUUCUGUAGAAUCAGAAAUUUUGAAUACACGCCGAAGCACAUCACGAAAUCCUCCACAGGUAUGACCAGCACCUCCUCUUACCCAACCCUUCUAAACUCCGCCGGUGAUUCCCCGCGGCGCACGCUUUCCAGGACCUCCAGCACGAAGUUCGACCCCAGCAACGACUUUUCCUCUUUCUUCGGAGCAGGCAGUAGCCACUCGAACAGUAGCUCGUCGCGAAACAACAAUUUUAUCGACCUCCCGCCGUUAAAGCUGAAUAAGCUGUCCCCUUUACCCUGGAAGAUCACUCACCAACACGACUUAUGCAUUGCAAAUAUGUCUGGGUCUGGAAACUUGUGAUGCUGAGUGGCGUAUCCUGAGGAGGCCACGAGUGCUGGCUCAGCAUGACAAGUUUCUGAGCACCUUCUAGGUGUUGCCUAUUCUGCAUGACAAACUGCGGCUCUGCAUGACAGACAAAUCGGGCUCUUGGGUAACGUGCGUGACAGAUUUGAGAAUCAUGCCAGCCAAGCAUGACAAACAUGCAUUCUUCCAGACCCAGACAUAUUUGCUCUUGAUGCGACUUCAUGGCGAAGAACCAAUCGACCGAGUCGCUGAAACAGUUUUUACCCGACGCGAAAAAGCACCGCUUGCGGGUGCAAAACGCGCUUUUGAACAAGCGAAUUUUCGACACGCAGUGUCGGAAGGUGGAGCAGAUGCAGGAAAAGAUCAUGCAGUGGGAACGGGAGUACGUGAAGCGGUCCGCCAGUUCGCUGAAGCGGGAGCGCUCGAGAUCGCCGAGAUCCAUGAAGGGAGGCGGUUAUGAACUGCAAAAGUAUCGUACUCCUAUAAAUGCAUGACAAAUUUCCUCAGCAUGACAAAUGAAAUUUGUAAUGCGGAUUGACCCUAAGAAAAGGAUUUGUAAUGCAUGAUUGCAACACAACGAGUACUUACGAUACUUUUGCACAGGAUAGCGGUGGAGCCAGCGCGUCCCCGGCGUCGUCGCGGUCACCCUUGUCGCCGACGUCUCGAGCGAGUCUCUUGUCGCCAAAAGCGGGGGCGGACGGGAAAUUUGCGUUUGCGGGGAUAAAAAGGACGAAUAUGACGGAGGGAAAUCCUUUGGCGAUCAGGUAAGUGCAAGUUGUACUUCAGCCUCGUGAAGGCACAAGUAGAGCGACGCGGUGCGAAUUUAAUAUCUGCUGUACCAGUAAAAUGAUUUGCAUUUGUUUUUCUUGUUCUUCCUCUUUGUUCGAAUUCGAAAAACACUACUUAUCAGUCUCCAAGAAGACCUUCUCCAUGACAAGACGAAUGUACAGCUGAAAACAAACCUCGUUACGACUUUCUGGUACAUGCUGACCGCCCUGACCAUCCCCCUCGACCAGAUGGACAGCAAGCACACCCAGCUCCGGGAACAGAAAGAGGAGCCCGUUGCAAUGACCGAGCGCGAGGAAAUCGCCAUGGCGUUGCGGGUAAUGCUAGCACACAGAAAAAAGCAGGCAGGUCAUUUUUGUAAUGCAAAAAUGAAUAUACAGAGAAAUCUGCAUUGCGUAUUAUCCUAAACAGCAUGCUAUGCGGCCGCCCAUGACAGAUUCUUCUGUGUACUUGUUUUUGCAUUACAAAUAUGCCCUCCCUGCUGCUUUUUUCUGUGGGAUCAAUGCUCCGGAAAAAGCGCCGGCAGGCCAUCGCCUGGGAAGCCUUCAUCAAGGAUUUCCAACAGCCCGCGACCAUGGCGAGGUAAAGUUUUUUUUAGGCAGAUGCUCUUUUCGUCUUUCUGUUUACUGCUUCGUCCUGCAGCGCUGUAUACGAUUACGGAAUAAUGAUUUGUAGUUCGCCCUUCAAAAAAACUGCCGACGCAACAUAUGGAAAAAAUCACUUUAGCCUCGUCACUUCAAAUUAAUAUUGCCGACUCAACAUUUCCAAAAAUACUACUUCACCGUCGUCACUUAACACUGUUAGUACUACGUUAAAAAAAGGUUUGCCGAGAUCCAACGGCCGAUCGCGUUGCGGGCCCGGGUAAUGCUGCGGCGAAAAAAAGCGGCGGCGAUUUUUCACUGCAUGAAGUUGUGGAGCGAGGGCGGGAAGUUUAUGAUCACCAUCCGAAAAUUUCACGGUGCGAUGAUCAAAAUACAGCGGUUUUGGCGCCGCAGUUUCGAGAAACUCGAACGGCACCGACAGGAGACUGCGGCGAGAUGGUUGGAAAUGGAGCACGAGAUCUUGCUGCAGGAGUUGGUGGCGAUGCACGGAGGGACAGUGAUGCCGAAAAAGGACCACCACCACCACCAUGCGAAGAAGGACCAUAAGAAUAAAGCAGAGGCGGCGGGUGGAAAUGCUUCAGGAGGAACAACACAUACAGCAGACAAGGACUUCUAUCAGAACAAUCAUAAUCCAACCGCCUCGGUCGAUCUGAGAUCCCACGCUGGACUCCAGAACCACGGCGUCAGCACGUCAAGGCGCAGUAAGGAAAAAGAGCAUAGCACAGCAACAACCGGCGCGCAGGGAAGCAAGGACAAGCAUAACAACACAAGCAAAACGACCGCAGCACACCACGGUGGGGCCGCGACCACCGGGCAGAGACGAAGGAGUGUCACGCACUCUAAGGAGAAACCACAUCACGCCAAGGGGGGAAGGGGUGGUGCCGGGGAUCAUCUGGAUAUGGACUUUUCGGUAUGUAUUGCUAUUUUUGAUCACGAUAUCACAGAUGACGUGAUGACGAUUGCGAAGUUCAUAUGCUCAUUUGAAGUCCAGCGGAUGUUCGCAUAUACAAAAACAUGACUGACUCUAACAGGCUCACCUGCACGCGUUGGAGCAGCCGGCGGACGUGCGCAUGGCGUUCAUAACCCAAGAACUCCGGAUGAAGCGCUACUACCUCGUGCCGCAUUUGCGGGGCUACGCACAGCAACUAGAGGACUGGUGGGGCGAAAUUCGAGAGUGGCGAGCUGAGAGGGAGGUAUAAGGCGUGUUAAUGCUGAGGUCAACUUUGUUGUUCAAAGAGAAAGAUCCUAUUGUUCAAAGAGAAAGAUCCUUGGGAAGUUAUUUCUCUUUCAACGUGCUACUUCUCAUUUGAACCUGAUAGGCAAAACAUUUGACUUUGAGACGAAAAGAAUAUUACGACCACAGGCCUACGAAGUCCUCGGAAACGCGGAGCUGAAGGCUCCGUCCGUCGUGUGGGAAUGCCCGGCCUGGCCCUGUUUCCACCUUCCUUCCGACGCCGACCUCCGCGAUAUGAUCCAGCGGUGCCGCGACGGCUUACCCGCGAUGCAGUUUCAAGUCGUGACCAACACGCUGAACCAAGCCGACCCAUGGGGAGACGAAGAUGAUGUAGUAGUACAAAGGCCCGGCUCCGCGGGAACAACAACAGCCGCCGGCUCGCUUGCAAAAAGCCCGGCGGCUAACGCGCGGACGAGCCUCUCUAUGGCCCAGGCGACGCCCGCGUUUUUGAAGGCAAGCCCGAAUCCACGGGCCACCAUCGCGGGUGGACGGCGGGGGACGACGAGCAGCAAGGGUCUGGUCGACGACGCAGGUAGGAACGGCUCGAAAAUGAAUAACCAGAAUAACACGCUGCUUGCAGCGCUGGAAACACCACGCGAGGCGAAGCUGCGCGGACCGAUGUCGCAUUUGAUUUAUAACGAAUCAAAACUGACCCGCUUGAAAAAAGUGGUCGACAUCACCGCAGACGCGCCCACGGGAGCGAUCGAGGAGGCGCUGAUUCCGCUGCAGUUCUGAAGAUGAACAGGAAAUAAACCGGCGGCGCGAAGGGAUAUGGUCUAUGUGCGAGUUGUCAAGAAUAAUGAUGUCGAUAUCAAUGUUUUCAAACCAAUUCCAAUUGUCUUUUGUGCUUGUUGUGCUCAAUUCGAGUUCGUGUGAAUAAACAAAUCUGGUACAUAAAUAAGCAAUCUUGUUGUCAGUGAGCGUACAGAGUGAGAGUGUAAAAAUCUUCGCAGAUGAAAGAAUAAGAACGCAUAAAGUAAUGAAUCUCAUUAACAUAGCAAGUGCAUUAGAAAUGAUUAGCCAGCUGCUGAUUUGAGUGUCUCUUUAGGAGAAUGACGAAAACAAAGCGAAGAAAAGAGGCAAGACACUUGUCGAUCGGCUGCCUUCAGAGUGUCAAUGUCUAUGUCCAAUAUACCAGAAUGAAAAAACAAGCACAGCGCUGCUUUAUGGCCGCUUUGUAGUGUCUCGUGUACAAUUGAAGGCUCAGUAGAUAGUUUCCAAGUAUGCAAGUUUUGGUCACAAAUCAAUA